UCUGAGAUUUCAAUCAAAAUACCACUAAAUACAAGUAAUAUAUAUAAACUGUUGUACAGCAUAAAUAAAUUACAAAUCGAUGCAAUUCAGAAUUUUGGACAAGUAAUUCGUUAGGCCAGGCAUGACUCGGUUGCGUCAUUGAGUCAAUCAAAUUUGCUCCAAGAAGAAUAUUAUUUUUCAGUCGGAAGUGUAAAAAACAUUAUCCAAACCAUGUAUGGGCGACAUCUAUAUAGGCUUUAUUGAUACGCUGCAAGUUUUUAAAAACUGAUCUAUUGUGACGAAUAUUACGUAGAGAUGAGUUCACCUCUCUUGACAUAUUUGUCGUUUGUUGCAAUAACAGAAGCAUAAAAUGAAGAUGUUGAACAAUUUUGUUUCAUUCUAUAUUCAGUGGAAGUAAAAGAACGGGCAUAGCAUACGACGCAGUAUUUAGUUCCAAUUUACAAGAUUAUCAACGAUGAAUGUGGACAAUACAAGUAGCUUUUCACCAAAAGAACCGUAUUUAGAAAGAUACUGGCUAUUUUGCGAGUCAAUCUUGGUUGUAUUGACACUUUCAGUGCUGUAUUUGACUGCAUGCUUGAUUCUACAUGUGCUAAACGAGAGAAAAACUCAAACUCGAGGCCAAAAAAUUUGGCAAAAAAAGUGGUUAGCAUGGCUUCCCAUAGUCAGCUCCAUAAUAUUCUUUUUACGAAUAUGCAGUGACCAUAUUUCAGCGUUCUAUGGGUGGCGAGAUGAUGACUCUUGCUGGGUCACUGUCACAGUCAGUACAGUAUUAUUCGCUCUGUCUCUUUACGCAGUUUAUAUAUUUCUAUGGGUAAGACAGAGCAUAUUUUAUGCCGAUCCUCUCAUAAAGGAAAUUAUAAAGCCAUUUGUUGCAUACGUAAGCUGGUUCACACUCGGAUUCAUGUUGAUAUCUGGAUCCGCAUUGAGCAUUUUGUACAAUGUACCACAAGCUACGCAAUGGGUUUACCGAGCCACGGCUGACGGAUGUAAAGAAGUUUCAGUGGAUUCGCCGGAAAUUAUACCAGGAGUAGUAGCUGCUACAACAAUAACAUUUCAAGUAACUCUUCUGGCUUUGUUUGUUUACCCAUUGAUCAGUAGACAGACCGCACGAUUUCGAGCUAGUGACAAUAAAGGACAUUUUCAGCCAUCCAAUUCUCUUAGUCGAUCAGACGAACACAAGCAAAACGAAGAAGAAGAAAAAGAUAUUGUCUUUCAUCCGUCACCAGGAUCUCUUGUCCAUCGACCGCAGUCCGCUUCCGUCAUGAAGGAAAAACCAAUUUCUCCUCUUGUUACGUCCGAGAAAUCACGUUUCGUGUUUACUCAAAGCGAAAUCAAAAAUUAUGUUGAUACAGAUCCAGAAAGUGGGACUGAAUUAGUUAAUAAAGAUUGUGAUAGUGUUUGGAGUGGCAAAAGUCCAACAAUCAAAAGAGGAGGCACAAUGCCGCUGAAUUUAAACAGAGUAGCCAAGAGGAGAACAGUACUUGAUCGCGUGAAGUCAGUAAAACCCGGAAGUAUUUUUUUCAGACCCAAAUCGAAUUCUUUGUCUUCAGAAAAUAUGGAGAGUCCUGCCGCGAGUGACACCGAGUCGCGAUAUUCAGGACGCGGCGCAACUUUGAAAAGAAAAGCAAAAAAAGAAAACGCGCGCGGGAGAAGGCUUGUGGCCAUGAUGAAGAAAUAUGCAAUGCUCAUGUCUGUGUGUGUAAUCACAGAUCUCGUAUCAGCUGUUAUUCAAAUAAUAUUCGUUCUACCUGAGCUGGUUUAUCUCGUGCUUUUCGACGUGAAUCUUCUGGUUAAUCUAAUAUGUGUCAUCAUGACGUUUCAAGAAUGGCAGAAAAUUCUAUUUCCUUGUGCAAUAAUCGAAUCAAACGCACUGAAUCAAAAAAAUACCUACAAGUUAAAAAGAAAACCAACUCCACUGAAAAGAAGAAGAACACGAGACCGAGUUGAAGCCCUUCGUCAAGAAGGAAGAAGACUGGAGUCCCGCCGUAGCUCAUCAAGACGUUCAAGUGGGAGUGGAUACGAUUCUGCUGAUUCAACUGGUAGUCAUACUCACAUAUACAAGCAUGCAGUCGAAACAAAGCCUUUAAUGACAACUUCUAGAGUUUGAUGGAGUUGUGCCUACAUACACGUGGAUUUAUUCCGAACCUUGUAAUUGCAUUCACAACAUUUAUACUUAACACAAUAAAUCCAAUGACCUGCGUUUUUGUACUGCAUGAAAUGAUUCUUGAAAUUCAUUUGUCGAUUCUCGCGCAAAAAAUCCCGAUAAAAGCUCUUCUUUUUUUUUGAAUAUCCUCAAUUACUUAUUUUUAUUUACUUAUUUUUUAUUGACUUAUUACCAAUUUUCAUAUAUAUUAUUCAAUAAAUCGAAUGCACAUUUGAAGAAUCUCCACUUUAUGCUCGUACUACUGACAAGCUAUUCUAUACUAGUGACACCACUCAGUACGAUUUGUUUCUAAACUAAACGAUGUCAUAUUCCAUCCAACAUUGUUAAUAUAUAUACAGUAGAAAAAUAGGAUUUAUGCGUAUGAUACAAGAAUGAGUUUUAUAUGAUAUUCCCAUAUUUUCGCCCCGAGGCAAUGUACAAGUAAGGGAGUGAUUGUAUACGAUUCCGACCUGAUAUCUCUUACAUUUGACGACAAUAUAUUUAUGCCGAUUCUCGCAGAUAUUUGCAAUUGAAAGUUCUUAAUUAAAUCCGACUUUAGAAGCGAUAUUCAAGGUACAGUUAUGCUAUUGUAGUUGGUUACAAGAAAAACAUUAGCCAUAACUAAAAAUAUUCAACAUUCUAGAAAUUUGCAAUUAAGUAGAACCCUGUUUUUUUGUUUUUAAUUCUUGGAUUUUGAUGGCAGAUUUCUGCAAUGAUAAAAUGACGGAAGAUCCAUACACCCACUUCAUUGACUAAUUUUUCGAAAAAUAUAAUUUUUUCUUUACCGAAUGUAGUGUAAUAUUCAAUGUUAAGUGUACUAUUUACUUUCAAUGU